AUGAAGCUUCUUCUUGUUCUUUGCGCCGUUGUUGCCGUGGUCGCCUCGACUUACUCUUCUUCCAACUACAACCAGGUCCCCGGACAAAACGUUUACGACAUUGAUGCUUAGUAAGUUCAGAUGACAUUUGAAAGUAGUGCUUGCCUCUCUUUCAGCGGUGGCUGGAAUCCAUUCUACAAUCCACACAGAAGACAUCACAGAGAUCACGGACGUCACCAUCGUCGUGGACACGGAAGAAGACAUCACGACAGAUCGUCCAGUUCUUCGGAUUCUUCCGACUUCUCCGACUCCUCCGAUUUCUCCGACUCUGACUCCGACAGCCGCGAGCACGACGGAUGGAUCGUCCUGCCACCAACCUUCUCCCAGUCAAACUACGGAAAUGCCGCUCAGGAUACUCCAGCUGGAUCUUCUUACGGUUCAACCGUCAACGACGUGCCAGCUGCUGACAACUACGGAUCUGCAGCCCAGCAGCCGCCACAGACUGGAUACGCCAACACUUUCGGUGGAAAGUAA